AUGCCGCCAGGUCCUCGCGCCGCUCGCGCGCGACGCCCCGCGCACAGGAACAUCGAGGGCAAGCCGACUGUGCUGGUGGCGGAGAAGCUGGGCAGCGCGGGGAUCGACCUGCUGAAGAAGAUCGCGAACGUGGACUGCUCGUACAACCUCACGCCGGAGGAGCUGUGCGCCAGAUCUCGCUGUGCGACGCGCUCAUCGUGCGCAGCGGAACCAAGUGACACCCGCGAGGUGUUCGAGGCGUCGAACGGGCGGCUCAAGGUGGUGGGGCGCGCGGGCGUGGGCAUCGCAACGUGGACCUGCACGCCGCCACGGAGGCGGGCUGCCUCGUCGUCAACGCGGCCCACCGCCAACACCGGUCGCUGCCGCGGAGCACGGCAUCGCGCUGCUCACCGCCAUGUCGCGCAACAUCGCGCAGGCCGACGCGUCCAUGAAGCGAGUGGGCGGGCGGGCGGGGUGGCAGGCGAGUGGAAGCGCAGCAAGUACAUCGGCACGUCGCUGGUGGACAAGACGCUGGCCGUGCUGGGCUUCGGCAAGGUGGGCUCGGAGGUGGCGCGCCGGGCCAAGGGGGCUGGGCAUGCACGUGAUCGCGCACGACCCGUACGCGCCGGCGGACAGGGCGCUCGCCAUGGCGUGGAGCUGGUGUCGCUGGACGACGCGCUGCAGCGCGCCGACUUCAUCUCGCUGCACAUGCCGCUCACGGCCGCCACGGACAAGCUGCUCAACGACGACGCCUUCGCCAAGGCCAAGCGCGGCGUGCGCAUCGUCAACCUGCUGUGGCCGUCACGCAUCCUCCUCCCUCGUCUCGAUCCGCCCCUGCUCGUAUCUCUACCUCAAAUCGUCGCGCCCGCUCAUAAUCGUUCUCCCCGUCAUGCGUCGUCCUCCCGUUCCCCCAACGUCCUCCCCAUGCGCGCAUCUUCCCCGCGCGCUCCCCAGGCGGCGCUUGACGUGUUCACGGAGGAGCCCCCCGCGGCGGACAGCGCGCUCGUGCUGCACCCCAAUGUCAUCGCCACGCCGCACCUGGGCGCCAGCACCACCGAGGCGCAGGAGGGCGUGGCGGUGGAGAUCGCGGAGGCCGUGGUGGGCGCGCUGAUGGGCGAACUGGCGUCCACCGCCGUCAACGCGCCCAUGGUGCCCGCCGAGGUGCUGGAGGAGCUGGCGCCGUAUGUGGAGCUGGCGGAGAAGCUGGGGCGCCUGGCGGUGCAGCUGGUGAGUGGCGGCGCGGGCGUGAAGGACGUGAAGGUGACGUACCGCACGGGGCGCAGCAGCGAGGACCUGGACACGCGGCUGCUGCGCGCCAUGAUCGCCAAGGGGCUCAUCGAGCCCAUCUCCAACGCGUUCAUCAACCUGGUCAACGCCGACACGAGGGCACCAUCACGCGGGCGGCAAGGUGAAGGACGGCGUGCCGCACCUGAUCCAGGUGGGGCGGUUCAGCACGGACAUCGAGCUGGAGGGCAGCCUGCUGCUGUGCCGCCAGGUGGACCAGCCGGCAUGAUCGGCACUGUGGGCAUGCUGCUGGGGUCGCACGACGUCAACAUCUCCUUCAUGAGUGUGGGUCGCACGGGCCCCAGGAAGCAAGCACUCAUGGCCAUCGGUGUGGACGAGGAGCCCAGCCGCGAGGUGCUCAGAGACAUCAACUCCAUCCCCGCCCUCGAGGAAAUGGUCUUCCUCAAGCUCUGA